AUGACCGGGUUUGCUGGAAAUUUGACACAAAAGGUACAUACACAGUCAAGAGUGCUUACAGUACAGAUUUACUCCGACGAUAAUCCUCUUGCGUCACCAAUUUAUGUCUACUAUAAGUGGACUCAGCUAGUGGAAGAUGAAGAAUCCCACCCAAAGUUACAAAUUUUCAUUGGCGUGCAGUAUGUGAUGUUCUACCUUGUAGGAGGAAUUUAUUGCAAUUUAUGCUCUCGGAAGGUGGACAUUCAAGAUAUUUGCCCUCUAUGUCUUGGAGAUUCUGAAACUAUUCUUCAUAUUCUUGUCAACUGCCCUUUUUCAAGACAGGUUUGGACUCUUUCCCAUCUUGGAUUUCGGUGGUCUUCGGCUAUAUCUUUUGGGGAGUGGUUUCAGCAAGCCUCCAACUCCUUGACUUUGGAGAAUUUGAGUUAUGUUUCUAUGGUGUGUUGGGCAUUAUGGACAACUAGAAAUGAUAUGGUAUGGCGUCAAAAAAGCAGGAAUCCAGGGGCAGUAAUUUCACUAGCUUCGGGUGUUUGGCACGCAUGGAAGGAAGCUAAGCUUCAUGGUUUGGUAGUUCCUUCUCCAGCAAACUCAAAUCGUACAUGGAGUCCACCCCCGUUUAACUGGUUAAAAGUGAACUUCAACUGGAGUGGCUUCUGGUUAUGUGGUAUUGGCUAG